AUGCUAGAACUGCCUUACUCGAGCCCUGUGCCUGUGGACUACUACGGGUUGAUGUCGCUCCUCUUGAUUGUCGUCGGUCUCGUAUUCACGGCGGGCUACUUCACCAAGAGUAUCAUCGUGGAAUAUGCAUAUGCCGCGAUGGCGUCGCUGUUUCUAGGCACAUUGCGUUCUUCCUUCUCCUCUUGGGUGGAGUGUAUGUUUGACGAGGAAGGAUCAUACUAA